ACUGCGUCGCGUCCCUUCUCUUCUUGCUUUGGAAAGCGUUCUUUGAGUACAUCAUGAAUAUGAAACUUGUAAUUGCUCUAAUAACACGUCAAAAUGACGGACAUAACUUUGAUUUAGUAAUCUUAAAUUAAUAAAGUUUUUACUCAAUUAAAUAUUGCAGUACUUCAUUUGGUGAUAGUUGGUCACUUGUCCACACAUGAGAAACAGGGUUUAACAUUGUUUUUCUUUUUCAUUCUGUUGAUUAUUUUCAACAUCAUAAACGUGACAAAGAUUUCCAGAUGAGGAGGAAAAUCUCCAGGUGAAACGACUGAGACCUGUGAAACAAACUGCUGUAAAGAUGGAGUUUAUUAAAGAAGAGAGUGAAGACAUCAGUAUUACACAACCAUGCACAAUAAAAAAUGAAGAUACUGAUGGACAAAGAGUGAAAAAGAAAGAAAUUGCAUGAAAAUCAGAAGACCAACAAAUUCAAACUCAGACUGCAAUUUAUCUUGUUCUGUACAUUUGGUAACCAGUGAAUGCUUCCCCAGUGAUUGCGCUCCACUCAAGGACAUAACUCCACUUUUAUGAUUAAACCAGAUCUGAUGGAGCUGAAAGAGGAAGGUCAAGAACUGAAUGAAGUUCAAGAGGAACAUCAGUAUCAAGAAACUGAUCAUUUCAAAUCAGAAGAAAAACAUUUUAAUUGCUCACAAUCUGGAAAGACCUUCUCACUAAAAAGAACUCGAAGAACAAGAGCCAAAAAUUCUUUCACCUGCCCUCAGUGUGGAAAGAGUUUCGUGCAUAAAAAAAAACUUAAGAAUCACAUAAGAAUUCACACUGGAGAGAAGCCUUUCACAUGCCAUCAGUGUGGAAAGAGUUUUACAGAAAACGGAAACCUUAAGAGUCACAGAAGAAUUCACACUGGAGAGAAGCCUUUCACAUGUCAUCAGUGUGGAAAGAGUUACAGACACAAAGUUAACCUUAAUCGUCACAUGACAGUUCACACCGGAAAGAAGCCUUUCACAUGCAAUCAGUGUGGAAUGAGUUUCACUCAUAAAACAGGCCUUUAUGUUCACAUAAAAAAUCACUCGGGAGAGAAGCCUUUCACAUGUCAUCAGUGUGGAAAGAGUUUCACAGAGAAAGGGAACCUUAAUAAACACAUAAAAAAUCACUCAGGAGUGAAGCCUUUCACAUGUCCUCAGUGUGGGAAGUGUUUCAAUCAUAAAGGAAACCUUAAAAGUCACAUAAGAACUCACACUGGAGAGAAGCCUUUCACAUGUCAUCAGUGUGGAAAGUGUUUCAGUCAAAAAGGACACCUUCAGAAUCACAUAAGAACUCACACUGAGUAAAGCCUUUCACAUGUCUACAGUGUAGGAAGUGUUACACUGUUUGAAGAGACUUUAUAGUUCAUGUCAAAAUUAAUUAUGGAGAGAAAGUAAAUCUGAAGAGGAUGGCCACAAGCAAUCAAACAAAGCUUAACUGCUUAAAUUUUUGCGCCAGGAGUGGCAUGAAGUCACCCAAUAGCAAUGUGAAAGACUGGUAGAGAUCAUGCCAAGACGCAUGAAAACUGUGAUCGAAAAUCAGGGUUAUUCCACCAAAUAUUGAUUUCUGAACUCUUUCUAAGUUAAAACAUUGGUAUUAUUAAAAUGUAAAAAUGAAUAUGAAAACACUGCAUCUUUUUGUUAUUUUGACCAGUUGUCAUUUUCUGCAAAAAAGAUGCUCUAAAUUACAAUAUUUUUAUUUGGAAUUUGGGAGAAAUUUUUUCAGUACUCUAUAGAAUAAACAAAACAUUUAAUUUAAUUUUACUCAAACCAUACCUAAAUCCAGAGAAACUGAUAAUUUUGCAGUGGUCUCAUAAUUUUUUCUGGAAAUGUAUAUACAGUAUAUACACCGAUCAAUCACAACAUUAAAACCACUUUCCUAAUAUUGUGUAUUAUUGUAUUGUGGUCCCCCUCGUGCCGCCAAAACAGUGUCAACCCGCAUCUCAGAAUAGCAUUCGGAGAUGUUAUUCUCCUCACCACAAUUGUACAGUGCGGGUAUCUGAGUUACCAUAGUCUUUGUCAGUUUGAACCAGUCUGGCCAAUCUCUGUUGAUCUCUCUCUUCAACAAGGCAUUUCUGUCCACAGAACUACCACUCACUGGAUGUUUUUUUGUUUUUGGCACCAUUUGGAGUAAAUGCUAGAGACUGUUGUGUGUGAAAAUCCCAGGAGAUCAGCAGUUACAGAAAUACUAAAACAAGCCCUUCUGGCACCAACAAUCAUGCCACGGUCCAAAUCACUGAGAUCAAAUUUUUUUCCCCAUUCUGAUGGUUGAUGUGAACAUUAACUGAAGCUCCUGACCCAUAUCUGCAUGAUUUUAUGCACUGCACUGCUGCCACACGAUUGGCUGCUCAGAUAAUCGCAUGGAUGAGUCCUGAUCACAUCUAGUGACACUUAAAUAUGGGACAAUGGGCAUCCCGAUGCAUUCAUUUUGAGCUAAAAUAUGUGAUGUCCUGUCUAAGACGAGACAGUUGAGACAGGUGGCAGCCUUACUAGCAUACAUAGUUGUUAAAAACGUGUUGGAAACACUCAGUACAUUUACAUGCGCAGCUAUAACCGAGCUACAACAGGUUUUUGCGGAGUCUAGUUGAAGUCUUCAUCUGUCUGUCCAAGUAUACAUGACAAAAUGCAUAACUGAAGGAAGGACAUCAAAUUUGCUGUUUUAAAUACACAUUGUGCAUGGGUUGCUAACUUCUAGCCAAAUAUGAGACAUUUCAUUUUGCAAAUACUUGACUUGAGUAACGAGACAUUCUAAAACACCUAGAACAUGAAAAAUGCUUUACGUGACCUAAUGUACUAAAACAAUGACCAGGCAGAACCAAAAUUCUCUCAAUCUCACUAUCUUUUGUCAAAGGAACGACAAUAAUUUAAAAAGCAGAAAGACAGUUUCUCGUUUAGCAUUUUCUUUCCUAAAUAAUGAAGUGCAUUUAGCCAUUUCUUUUUAAAGCUUUUCUGUUUUUCACGUGCAAAAACAAGACUAAAAAAUAAAUUUGAUCAGGGCCACUGUCUUAUAAUGGGUUUUUAUUGGAGAGAAAACAUUUGUAUAAGUGGCCUACUAGUCUAGUUCUCUAUGUAAGAGUGUUGUUUAAAUAGAGUUUAUCACAAGUAAAAUGUAACAACAUUUUCAUUCAUCCUUCCUGGUUUAUCUCCUGUGACAGAACGACCUUCUCCCCUGGUGUCAGCGAUGCCCCGCCCCUUAGAUCAGCCGCCUAGGCUCCUAGCGGGAGUGGGUAGGAGAGAGGAGGGGCAUGGUGACUAUUCCCCGUUUGGUAGCACAUGAUGGGGCACACCUGAAGUACGCCUCUCAUAGGGAAACUGGUCUCUACCCACUGGCGUCUUUAUAGGUUCAGGAACUUAGCGGGGAGGGUCUGGCACAAAUUAGAUGCAUCGCCAGACCCGCAUCCCGGAUCCUCAGCACAAAUUAGAUGCGAAUCCGGGGGAUUGGAGCAUGCAUCGUGGCUGAUAGGCCAGGAAGCUGGGCUGCAAUUGCCCUCAAGCGCCAAGGCCCAGGGAAGCCUUGCUGCUCGAGUGAAGUCACAGCCUUGGACCCACAGGGGAGUGUGUACUGCUGGACCCUGCCCACUAUAACCUGGACCUUACCCUUCCUGCACAUAGCCCUAUUCACCGUGAGGAUGCCAGAAUCUACAUCAUUUUCUACACUUUUCCAUAUGGAAAAUUUAAAUAAAUGCUUCUCCGAGGCCUGGAACCACACCCACUGUGUCUGUCUCUUGCUUACCCCCCACAGUGGUGAAGAGUGUUGGUGGAGACAGCGCAGUUGGGAAACAACGGUGAUGUCACGAGCCCUCUCAUAUGCUAUUCUACUGGAAGAACCACAGGGGUACGGAGAAUUCACAGUGAUGGUCUUCCAACCGCCUAAAGGGUAUGUGUUGCAUUCAUGUGCUAUUUGCCCUGCUGUUGGUUGAGGCUUUCAUCUUUAACUCAUGUUUCUCUGUCCCUGCCCUGGUGCAAGUGAGAGGGAGAGCUGGCCCGGAGAAAUAUCUUUAACACACCCACUCCGACCAUAUGAAGCGAAGCCUAGAGAAGGAUAAGCAGUUCCAUUGGAGUAGUUGCGGUGUAGGCAUGGCUCUGGAUCCCAGCGAUGGAGAGGAGUGAUGGGAGAUGCGACUGGGCCGACCAGGGAGGGAGGAGAUUUGAAUGUGACUGAAAGACCUCCUCCCCUGAUGUCAUUGAUGCCCCGCCCCUUGGAUCAGCUUCUGAAGGGAGUGGGCAGGACAGACAAGGGGACUAUUCCCCAUUUGGCAGCGUGUGAUGGGGUGCACCUAAAGUUAAUGGAUCCUCAUCACCGCGGCCUUAGACUGAACGUGCCUCUCCUAGGGAAACCAGUCUCUAACCACUUCCGUUCUUGUAGGUCCAGAAACAGAGCGGGGAAGGUCUGGCAUGAGUUAGAUGCAUCACCGGACCCCCAGCGCAAAUUAGAUGUAACACCGCAUCUUGCAAGUUACUUUCCCGCCGAGCAGAUGGGAAAGGACCCUAGUACCCUCUUGAAGUACUCUAGAAAAUAAGUAUCACAGACUAUCACAAUUUCUUUCCAAAUUAGUUUUACCCUGCUGAUCAAGAAUACUAUUUUCAACAAUGUGCUGACUGGUUAAACUAUCUUUUAUUCUCUGUGCACAUCAUGUUUAGAACAACACAGUAGGUUUAUUGUAUAUUUCUCACAGGCUUAUUUUAAUAUCCUAGCUAUUUAUUUUACAUUGUAACUGUUAUUGGGUAAGAGUUCUUAACCAAUCAGCUGUCAUAUUAGAUCAUUGGCACGUUGUGAAAUAGGUGCAACUUUUCAGAGCAUUUUUUCUUGUAGAUUUGGCUUACCGGUUAAUUAUUUUCAACAACGUCCUGACUAGUAACUUUUACUUGGUGAAUUCCAUUUAGAACAGGCUAUUGGGGUUGCUCUAUAGGUCCUGCACUUUUCAUUCAAUUGUUUUCAAUAAAUAUGCCUGUAUUCGCUAAUGUUGUUUCAGUGAAUGUGUGUCAUGCUCUAUAUUUAAUGUACAAUGAUCAUAAUGCAAGGCAAGCAUGUCGCAGAUACUGUUGAAGUCAGAAGUUUAUAUACACUUAGGCUGAAGUCAUUAAAACUCAUUUUUUUAACCACUCCACAGAUUUCAUAUUAGAAAACUAUAGUUUUGGCAAGUUGUUUAGGACAUCUACUUUGCGCAUGACAAGUAAUUUUUCCAACAAUUGUUUACAGACAGAUUGUUUCACUUUUAAUUGACUAUAUCACAAUUCCAGUGGGUCAGACGUUUACAUACACUAAGUUAACUGUGCCUUUAAGCAGCUUGGAAAAUUCCAGAGAAUGAUGUCAAGCCUUUAGGCAAUUAGCCAAUUAGCUUCUAAUAGGAGGAGUACUUGUGGAUGUUUAAGGCCUACCUUCAAACUCAGUGCCUCUUUGCUUGACAUCAUGGGAAAAGCAAAAAAAUCAGCCAAAACCUCAGAAAAAUAAAUUGUGGACCUCCACAAGUCUGAUUCAUCCUUGAGAGCAAUUUCCAAACGCCUGAAGGUGUAACAAUAGUAUGCAAGUAUAAACACCAUGACCUCAAUCUGAUAGAAAAUUUGUAGGCAGAACUGAAAAAGCACGUGCAAGCAAGGAGGCCUACAAACCUGACUCGGUUACACCAGUUCUGUCUGGAGGAAUGGGCUAAAAUUCCAGCAACUUAUUGUGAGAAGCUUGUGGAAGGCUACCCAAAAUGUUUGACCCGUGUUAAACAAUUUAAAGGCAAUGCUACCAAAUAUUAACAAAGUGUAUGUAAACUUCUGACCCACUGGGAAUGUGAUGAAAGAAAUAAAAGCUGAAAUAAAUCAUUCUCUGUACUAUUAUGCUGACAUUUCACAUUCUUAAAAUAGUGAUCCUAACUGACCUAAGACAUGGAAUGUUUUCUACAGUUAAAUGUCAGGAAUUGUGAAAACCUGAGUUUAAAUGUAUUUGGCUAAGGUAUAUGUAAACUUCUGACUUCAACUGGUGUGUGUGUGCGCGCGAGAUAUUACUAAUCUUAAAAACAAGUGGAACUUCUAUGUCAUGAACACACAAAAUGUAAAGAAUUGUUAUGGAUCUCUGCAUUUGGUUCCUUUAGUUCGAUAUUAUUAUUUAUUUAUUUUCUAUGUAUUUUGUGAUAUUACACCGCGUGUUUAACGGGACUUUUAUUUUGCUUCUAUCAACCGCUGUUUUGUUGUGACGUCAUACAAACUGCGCCGCGUAUCCUACUGGUCUAAAAAGGUUUGUGUUUUUGAGUGUAUCAGGAGUAUAAAACUACAUUAAAAGUUACAUGUUUUUUUAUGUGCUCUAAUAGCAUGGCAGUAUGACUGAGAUUACUUUGAUUUAGUAAUCUGAAUUGAAUGUAGAUUUGUUCUUAAAGUAAUAUUGUAACGCUUCAUGUGAAGUGCUUAUAGUCUCGUCCACACGAGAAACACAGUGAUUUACUUUAUUUAUUUAUUUACUUUGUCUUUCAUUCUUUUGAUUAUUCAUAACAUCAUAAACAACAUGAAAAAGAUUUCCAGAUGAGGAGGAAAAUCUCCAGGUGAAACGACUGAGAUCUGUGAGACAAACUGCUGUAAAGAUGGAGUUUAUUAAAGAAGAGAGUGAAGACAUCAGUAUUACACAACCAUACACAAUAAAAAAUGACGAACAAAGAGAUCUGAUGAAAGUGAAAGAGGAAAGUCAAGACCUGAUUAAAUUGGAGGAGAAACAUCAGUAUCAGAAACCUGAAUCAGAAGAACAACAUUCUGGAAACAAUUUUUCACAAAAAAGAAGUCGAAGAACAAGAGCCCAAAAUUAUUUCACCUACCCUCAGUGUGAAAAAAUGUUCAUGCAAAAAAGAAACCUUAAUCGUCACAUGAGAAUUCACACUGGAGAGAAGCCUUGCACAUGCCAUCAGUGUGGAAAGAGUUUCACAGUCAAAGGGACCCUUAAAAAACACAUAGGAAUUCACGCUGGAGAAAGAAAUUGUGUAUGCUGUCAGUGUGGAAAGAGUUUCACACAGAAAAGACACCUUAAGGAUCACAUAAAAAUUCACACUGGAGAGAAGCCUUUCACGUGUGAUCAGUGUGGAAAGAGUUUCACAGUGAAAGGGAACCUUAACAGACACAUAAGAAUUCACACUGGAGAGAAGCCUUUUACGUGUCAUCAAUGUGGAAAGAGUUUCACACAAAAAGGAAGCCUUAAUAUCCACAUAAGAAUUCACACUGGAGAGAAACCAUUCGCCUGCCAUCAGUGUGGGAAGAGUUUCACAGAGAAAGGGAACCUCAGUAAACACAGGAAUUCACACUGAAGAGAAGCCUUUUACAUGCCAUCAGUGUGGAAAGAGUUACAAAGUUCCAAGAGACCUGAAAACUAAUAUGAAAAUGCAUUCUGGAGAGACAUUACACCAGUGUUCUGAGUGUGGCAAGAGGUUUGCGGAGACAAGUAAUUUCAAAAAUCAUCUGUGCAUUCACUCAAGAAAGACCGUUUAAAACUGCACUAUGGAACAUAGAAAAGAAGGUCCGCCUGUCACGUGCGCAGUCACACAUUUCACGACAGCAGCAGCAGGACAUCAGUCUCUGGAUGGAUGUUUAUCUGUUAACUGUUUGGCAAAGUUGUUUACUUGAUAUAAAGCUCAGAUAUGUUUUCUAGUACAGUUGCUGAAGCUUAUAUUGGUUGUCACGUUUUAAUGAAUGGAACAUUACUCAUGUGUUUACCGAUCGCAAUGUAUCUACAUUUUCCAGUGAAGUUAAUGUAACAUGUUUACUAAUAUUAUUAACUUCUGAGUAUUUUAUAACAUUGCAGUAGUUCCGAGGUUCCCUAAGUGUGUGUGCGCUGUUUUCUCAUUCCUUUUAACCCAGUCGCAGAGAUGCACAAGUUAUCACUUUCCAUUGUCCUUUUAGCAAAAGUCUGUUUAAAAGCCACUAUAGGUUACUACAAGGUAGUUCCCCAUGAAUGUAUACUGUUAUCAUCUCAGGUUGUUUAUAAUGUUACGAUUUCAUUGCACAGUAAUAUACAUACACAUUUUUUAGCAUGACUCUAUUAUAAAUUCACUGCUAAAGAAAUGAUUAAGAGGACUUCUUACUGUAAUUGUUACAUAGCAUAUUUCUGCAUAUUAUUUUCAUGUUUAACAAAAUGCAUUUCAUGGGUCAUUCCUGGGAUUCAGUAAUAUUUCAGCUCCCCAGAAGUUUUGGUUCACUAAAAAAAACGUUAAAAGCUUUUUGCAAGAUGUUGAUAUGUCCAUUAUAAAUAAUUAAAAGUAUUAAAAUUGCAUUAAAAUAUGCAUUCAAACCUUUUUCAUAAAUCAUGCCUUCUUCCUAUCUUAUACCAAGCAUUUUGUAAUGUCCCUGAAUUUGUACCUAGAUACAUGUGACAUCAUUCCACUUUCUUCAACAGCAUGG